AUGUCCGGAAAUCCGGGUGGUGGCGGCGAGGAAGAGAAGAAGCCGGCGGAUCAAUCGGCUCACAUUAACCUCAAGGUCAAGGGUCAGGAUGGAAAUGAGGUCUUUUUUAGGAUCAAACGUAGCACCCAGAUGAAAAAACUCAUGAACGCUUACUGUGACCGACAGUCUGUUGAUAUGAACUCCAUUGCUUUCUUAUUUGAUGGGCGCCGACUUCGAGCAGAGCAAACUCCAGAUGAGCUUGAAAUGGAGGACGGUGAUGAAAUUGAUGCAAUGCUGCAUCAAACUGGAGGUGGACAUGUACAUCUUUAA